AUGAGGGGCGCGUGGGGGAGGAGGGCGAGGGGGCAGACGGUGAGGUUGGGAGGGGAGCGCGAUGGGAGCUCCGGGAGGGGAGGAUUGACCCAGGCGCCGUCGCAGACGGUCAGGCUGGGGCGGGUCCAGCCACAGGCGCCGGGGCACCGCACGAUCUACUGUAACGACCGCGACGCCAAUCUCCCGGUCAAAUUCAAGGUGCGAUCAUCUCCGGUUCCUUCGUCUCCCCGUUACCGGUUAUGUUUGAUGAUUCUGAAGCCAGACUGUUUGGGGACUCCGCGUGAGUUCUGCUCUUAAAUGGGUUUCUGGUGCUAUGGAGUUUUUCGCGUCUGGUAUUUGAGAUGUGCUUGCGCAAUUUAUUUGGCCUGCCUCAGAAAUAAAAUAAACUCGUCGAAGGGACUGCUCUUACCAUGUUAGACAUCGCAAAAAAUAAAACUGGGUUAGUUCCAGCUAUUUUUCCAUUCGGCUGACAAGAAUACGCGGGACUAGCUGUGUUGCGCGUAGGAUUUCAAUAUGGUAUUUUCGUUUCCACCACAUGGUUCUCAGAAUGGAAUUAGGUGAUAGUCGAAUCUCUUCUGACUUGUCCCUUUCCUGCGCCAGAGUUGCCUUCAAAUUUUCACCAAGGGCCUGCGGAUUGUUCUCUCAGGGAACUGAAAAUGUCCACUCUUCAUAAUUGGGCUUGUUCUCUGUGAUCACUCAUGUCGACUAUUCAUAAUUUAACACCGACUAUGGACUAUGAUAUUUCCAGUUCUGCAAUGAUUUCGAAAAAUGGGAAAUAGGCAAUGGGAUUAUGUUCAGAGAGACUGGAUGAGGCAUUUCCUUGGAGGACGCUCAUUCAAUGUAUGCAUUCACAUCUAAACAUUCAUCUACAGGCUUCUCAAGAUCCAAAUUAAUAAUCAGAGCUCUCCAGCUUAAAAUUAAGCCAGCGUGUAGUCUAUCUGAUGAAUUUGACUUCCAUUGAUGGAGGCAGUCUUGUCACUCACUAAUCAGUAUGCUUACCAUCAUCUCUUGGCUUGUUGCCAGCUUAUGUUAUGAAGUUGUACAUUUAGUGGGUUAAUGGGUCUAAGUUGUUUACACUCUCUCCAUCUUUUUUUUUGUAUAUCAUGACCAUUAAUGUCUCAUUGAUGCCCUUAAAACCUUCAACAGACUCCAAAACAGCCUGCAUAUAAUCUUUUUUUGAUGUCCCAUAAGUCAUUGAGAAAAAAAAAAAAGAAAACCCAUCAGACUUUGGAAACUUGUUCUCUAAAAAGAAAAACUAAUUUCUGCUACAUCUUUUGCUGUCAAAACUUUCGAAAUCUUCCUUGGCUCCUUUCUUGAUGACCUGGACAGCAAAUUCUCUCCAAAUGGUGGCCACUAAUCAUCCUCUUCUGCAUAUACACAUUAGGAGAUACUUAAUGCGUUUACUAAUGUGAUUUUCAUUUAUAAUCUCCUGCUCCCGUUCAGUUUCUGCUGAGUUGUACUUCUUAUUCUUGAGGCUGCCUUGUGAAAGUAGACUAUUUUUGUCACAUUCCUUUAGUCGCCUAUCCCUUGAUGUCCUUUUCCGGUGCCAUUGAUACCUGGAGAUAAUAUUCCUUCGUUCUGCCUUGAAUGUCUCUCUGGUCUAGUCCGCUUUAUCAUGUAUCUCUACUUCUUUCAAUGCAUUAACUUCCUCAUGUGGAGAAGAACAUUUAAGCUCCCUGUCUGGAUUCACUUCUCUCCUAGGCAGUGUGAACAACAUUGAAGCUCCCUGCUCUGCAUUCCCAGUGCACAAAAACUGGAUUCCCUAAUAGUUUUUAUGUCGUUUUGUGGUUAACGGGCUAUUGAUACCUGAGAAACCUUGUGAGAACCUAUCCAAAGAGUUUUUAAAUUUUGGGGAACAAAAUGUCUCUUGACAUGUCAGAACUCCAUUUCUUCAUGAAGAACUCAUUUCAUUGAAUCAUUUAUCUUCCCAACAUUCAUAAUUUAAUUAAAGGUAGACCUUUUGAUAGUUGUAGUCCUUCAAUAUUUUUCAUUAUCUCCUCUGCUCCAUCCUUGGUCGUAGCCUCUUGGAAAAUUUAAAAUAUGAACCUUACAUUUUCUGACUAGCAUUCUCACCAAUAUCCACUUCUCCUCAAUAUAUAUGCCCAGUGAAGUUGACGUGAUUCCAUGAAAUUCACGCUUUCCUCACCCACAUCUCUCCCUCUUGCUUUCUUCUCCUUCCAUCUGUUUUGUUUCUCUGUUAUUGAGUCCUCCAUUUAGUGCCCUUUGCCAUACUCAGUGGCCGCAUAUUUUUGAUCUUUUUUAAAACAUCAGACACAUUCUUUUUAAUGCCAUUGACAGUCAGCCUCACCUUGCCAACAAGCUCUUAUAUUGCUCCACAUUCGCUCUUUCUUGUCCCCUACCUUCCAUUUCUCCAAUGACCUCCUUUUUUUCUUCUCAUAAUUCUUUCUCCAUAUCUCCUCUGUUUUCAGCGCCUCCAUUUAUUUUUAUAGUCUCUUUUGCUUUCUUGUUAGUUUUUGGUAUUAUAUUGCCAUGCUUCUGGGUUUCUCCUAGGCCGUAGAACCCAGUCUGGGGAUAGACUGACCUGGAUGGGCACCCCCCAGCGUGUUCUGCUCAUGUUUUCUUCCUCAACUUCUUGGCCUGGUUGUAGUGUGAACAUUGGAAGAAGAGUAAGGUUGGAGACAUGAUUAAAGUGAAUGAACCUUUGUUAUAAUUAGCUUCCAGAAAAUCAUGAUAAUUCUAAAUAAAGCAGUCAAUGCGGUUGAACAGCUUCUUCUUGUGCACAGAGUACAACUUUACUAAUUACUGGUAGUCUUGUAUGUUCUGUGCUUUCUUUUUAUGUGCUCUUCUCUUUUGCUCUGUGUUCUAAAGAUGAUGGAUUCUUAAUUUAUUUUUUUGCCAUUUCAUUUUAGGGAAAUUCUAUAUCAACGACAAAAUAUAAUCUCUUGACCUUCCUGCCAAAAGGGUUGUUUGAGCAGGUAAAGAAAUUUAAUCUUUAAACACUUUGCCACAACUUUAUUUUCACUUGGCUCUUACUGACGAGCAUUCAGUUUUUCUCAUACAGUUCAGACGGGUGGCUAAUUUAUACUUCCUUAUGAUCUCAAUUUUGUCCACCACACCAAUCAGGUUACCCUCAAUACAGUUUGAUAUCUUUUCUAUUUAAUUCUAGGAUAAAGUUGUAGCUAUUAAGGGUUAUAUAACGUGUUUUCUUUUUUCUUAUGCUGGGAGGAUUUGUUACUAAAGCUCAUCUUCUUGACAGUCCAGUGCACCCGAUAACAAAUGUGGUUCCUCUAUCUCUCGUGCUUCUUGUGUCGCUUGUGAAGGAAGCAUUUGAGGACUGGGUUAGUAGUGAGAAAAAGGCUAAAUACUUAUGAUCUUCUAUUCAUAUAUGUUUUUAUAUGAUGUAUCUAAAGCAAAAUAAAUUCUUAGUUAAAGGACUGAUCUCAUGAGAACUGUAGUUUAUCAACGCAUUUUUUUUAUAGAAAAUGGAUUCUACUUUGUUUAUUUUUUCCCUGACAUUUUGUAUUUGGCCUCUCAGAAAAGGAUGCUUAAUGACAGGGUGAUAAAUAGCACAUCAGUUGAAGUUUUGCAAGAUGACAGAUGGGAAAGCAUUCCUUGGAAGAAACUACAGGUCGGAGAUGUUGUGAGGGUAAGUAUCAUUUACAUGUUUGCUGGAUGAGAAGCGAUUUUACUGAUGGCUAUUUUUAAUGUCUGCGUAAUAUAGUUCAAGGAGCACUUAAGCUUCUGCUCUUCCAAUGCAAGUUGCCAUUAUCUUGUGAUAUUCACUGGAUAGUGUGGAAAAUUGUCUCUUUCGUAGGUUGUACUGUUAUUUGUGGCACGAAAUUUAUAGUUCAGUUUGCUACUUUCUUUGCCCUCAGGAAUUGUACCUUCUUAGUAACAUUUUGUUGAUUGUUGUCUUUAUAUUUUGUUAUUUUGGAAGCUUUUGUUCUAUGAAAUAGCUUGCUAGAGGCCUAGUCUGAAAAAAAAUAAAAUUGCUUUAUGCUAAAUAUAGCAACAAAGGUCUGCUAGCUUUGGGAUGUAGUGGGGGUAAAUUGUUCAUUUUUUUUACUUUCGUAAUGACAUUUGCUGAAUUUGUAAUCUUGUUCGUUGACAAAGAUAGAAACAAAGAUCGUUUAACUUUCAAAGGUAGUGGGGAGAACGUCUUGAAAAUAGAUCUGUUAGAUAUGGAAAUUGAUGAAUUUGUUAAGGCAGAAGGAUACAAUGUGGAGUAAAUAACUUCUUUUUUAGUUGGAAGACGAUUAUGUACAGGGAUGGCCCCUCUAUCUCUGAUGCCUGUGUUCUGUCUCUUAUACUCUCGACACAUUGAUGCUCACUAGUAGGUUUCGGGGGUUAGAUAGUGCACCUCUUCAAACAAAGGCAAGGCAGGCCUAAUUCAUAGUACCACAAAUUCGGUACAGCGAAUUUGUGUAUACUCACACUCUAUUAACAAUAGUAUAAUGCGAGAUGCACUUUUGACUGUAAAUUUUGAUCAUUCUUAACCUAAUACGUUUCGGUUUCAAUCUAAUGGCUCGUGAUGAAAUUCGUUGGAUAUGUUGUUGUGGGCACCUUUUAUAGCUCAAUGCCUUAUGCCUAUGACGCCUAAUGUUGCUGCACAGAAUACCUGCAUUCGUUUACAUUAUUCCUGUAUUUUUCUUUGUCCUCACGCUUACCUACUAAAUUUUUUCUGCAGAUCAAACAGGAUACUUUUUUCCCUGCAGAUUUGCUUUUCCUUGCGAGUUCAAAUCCAGAUGGUGUGUGCUAUACUGAGGUUAGUUUUUUUUUCUAUGUUUAUCAUCUUUAUAAUCUCUUCAUAUUGAGCGCUAUUUUGACUUGCACUGCUUAGAUUCAUGACAAUUGCAUUAGAAAGAAGGUUUGCCUGAUUUUGUUACUGAUUACCAGUUCUGAUUAUAGACUGCCAAUUUGGAUGGAGAGACAAAUUUGAAGAUCAGAAAAGCACUGGAAAGGACUUGGGAUUACUUGCUUCCUGAAAAAGCGGCUGAAUUCAAAGGUUUGAGUGGUUUUUUUUUUCCUUGGUGAUUUUAGCUACGUAAUCAGUUUUUGGUUUACAAAAAGGGUACUUUUUUAUCUUGUGCGCAGGGGAGAUAGAGUGUGAACAACCAAAUAAUUCGUUGUACACAUUCACUGGCAACCUUAUCAUUCAAAAACAAACAUUACCUCUUUCUCCUAAUCAGAUUCUUCUAAGGGUGCGUUUUUUUCCCUCAAUUGUCUGCCCUUUUUAAUUUUCAGAACAUUAGAACUCUCAGAUAUGAUAUACUUAGCAUGGAUAUAAUUAUUCUUCUUUUUCUUUCUUGUUGCAACUGAUGCAAAUUACAUAUAAAAUCAUAAUUACUACUUGUUCCCUUGUCAAGUGAAAAGGACUUCACUGUAGUUAUAUUACUUGCCAGAUGGAACUUCUUGAGCAGGUCUAAUGAUACUGGUCGUUAGUACAAAAGACGAGAAUCGUGGGCUGUCCCGUUUGCAAUGUUACAAGUCAAAUUAUGUUAUGGAAGAACUAGAUUGACUCAGCGAACGGCUAUGGAGCCUGCUUCUACCUCUUGAGCUUGGCUGGUCAUGUUUAUGGAAGUAAUCUUCAAUAAAAGAAAUGUAACUAAAAGAAUUGACCAUCUUGAUAACCAAGCUGUCUGAACUGCUUCCGUUAGCCAUCAAAUAAAGAACAAAAGAUGUAAUUAUCUGUGUGAAAAAUAUAAAAUUUCCCGUGAAUUUUUUGUGCAACCAAGGUUCCGCCAUUACGACUAAUUCCCGUGAAAUCUUUGUGUAAACGUAACUAUGAUCAAUCCUUUUACGAACAGGACUCUUAUAGUCGGUCACCAUUGCUGGUGAAGAUACCUCGUAGUAACAUUAUAUGCUCGUUUUUAAUGGAUGUCACUUGGAUGACCUUGUAUAUGCUAGUCGAAGAAGACAUUGUCCUCAAGAUUGUCAGGAACCUUGACUGGCUGGCCAUUACUGUAACUGUAAGAAAGGAGAGAAAAGACAAUAUUUCCUACCCAUAUUCUUUUAUAAAGAUCGUAUUCUUUUAUCAGACAGUUUUUGAGGUGCGUACUCUCCCAUUUAGUAUUCUCUUUUAGUUAACUUCACAUUCUGCUAUUACAUUUUUUGUCAUGAAACGUUGUGCACAAAACUGAGGCUAGUAAUAAAUAGAUCAUUAGUCAGAAAUUGGUUAAAAGAGGCUGUCCACGUGUGCAUAGUCCAAGCCUAAUCUCCAAAGCGCAAGUGUUUCUUAUAGUUUUCAAUGAUGAGAUGGUAUGGAGGAUUAUUUACGACAUGGAAAAGCAGGGAAUUACUUGGAUAUUACAGAUUUGGUCGAAGAUUUCCCUAUCCUAUGGUUUCUGAUCGUGGUUUGGGGAAAGUACUCUUGCCGUCUAUCUGAUCAGCCAAAUGGAGAGAGAAUAUAGGAAAUUCCAGCAAAAAAAAUUAUAAAUACAGUAGGCAAAAUCAAUUGGAUCAUUCUUGUUUACAUGUCAAUUUAUAUGUACCCAGUUGGUCGGGAACAAUGGAAAUGAGAAAUAGUCUCUUAAAGUGUUCUUGUAAAACACGAUCAAGAAUAGGAUAAAUCUGCUUCUUUAGUUUAUACCUUUCAGAUAUCCAUAACCUUAUUAGAGCAGAAGAGGAAUUUUUUUUUCAGAUAAAUCUGUGCUUUAGUUUUUCGUUUUUUUCUGUUUUACUACAUUUAUACUUGACAUUUUAGCAAACCACCAUAAAAAAAUGUGCUAUAGCUUAUGAUUUGAAUCGCCAUGGAGAUAUUAGUAAAUAAAACUAGUUUAGUAAAAGAAAAUUGAAGUAAACUAUAAUGCAGAUGCCAGAAUAUCAUAUAUUUUAUUAGAAUUUGUCGUCAAACUAUGACUCAGUAAGCACCAAUGAAAUAGACCUCUGCUAUGAACGAAGGGACCUUUUCUUGAGAGUAGUUGAGUAUAUUUUUUGAGAGACAGAUUCUUUGUCCAUGGGCUUGUUCAGAGGCCUUGAUGUGGAAUCAAAAGAUAAAUGCGGUGCUAUAACUCUGUAGAGAUGAUAUUUCUCAGCGAAAGUCUUUACAGAAGUGGUACGUUUUGUUUCCUAUGUUGUCUCGAUAUUAUGCAGCUUGCAUCUUUUGUCCUUUUUAACCAUUGACCUGGAUAAAUCUGAUUGUUUAACCAACACAAUUUUCAUGCUGCACUUUUUUUGUCUGUAAAUAUUGCUAGUUUUCUUGUGCUGUUAAUUCAUUUGCAUCAUCUGCUAAACAAUAGUAGCUUCUUGUUUUGAAUGUCUUAGAUAACCUUAAAAUUGACGUAGGGACGUGAUGCUUGAAAUAGUGAACAAAUUGUUGGGAUCGUCAUAUUUACUGGGCAUAAAAAAAUAUUUCACUUAGUUUAACUGUCUUCUUUGGAUUAAACUUCUCAAUUUUUAGGGUUGUAGUCUUCGAAACACUGAAUACAUUGUUGGCGCCGUCAUAUUUACAGGGCACGAAACAAAGGUUGGUGCCUACAGUGACUUAUUUCUCCAUUAUCAUAUGUUCUGUUGUUUGUGCAUUAUCAAUACUAUGGUGAGUUCUGUUUUCUUGUGCCAACUGUAGGUUAUGAUGAAUUCUAUGAAUGUCCCUUCAAAGAGAAGUACAUUGGAGAGGAAACUGGACAAGCUUAUACUUGCUCUUUUUGGUGCUCUGUUUUGUAUGUGCCUGAUUGGAGCGAUUGGAAGGUUCAGAAAUUCUUAGUCCCUUUGUUUCAUGACAUUGUUUUCAUUGGUUUACAUCCUAAUCAUUUUAUGAAAGAGUUUGGUUGCGUGAAUGAGGAAAUUAGGUUUUCUGCUGGUUUAAUUGAAAAGUGGGGGUAAACUACCGUAGAUCCGGACAGUGAAUUAGUUUGAUGUUGAAUUUCCAUGGGUAUGUUGAAUAGUAUGGUUAAAAUAUGAUAGAAAGGAACUUCCAAUAUGUGUGCAUUUUAGUAUUCCUUGCAUCCUUCUGCAGCUUAUAUUUCAUGGACUGCUGAUGUUGUUUUGUUUUGUUUAUGUACACAGUGGUGUUUUUAUCGAUAGGAAGUACUUCUACUUAGGUCUGAAGGGAAAGGUGGAACAACAGUUUAACCCUGGCAACAAAUUUGUGGUAUAGUUUUAUACAAAAUUAUCCUACUCUUGAAUUAACAUUAUAUGUUAACUUCUGCUUUAUUUACUCGUAAUGCAUUCUUUCUUUCUCAGGUCGCUAUCCUGACCAUGUUUACUUUGAUAACACUGUAUUCAACCAUCAUUCCUAUUUCUCUUUAUGUUUCCAUUGAGGUAGGUUCUAAGAUUAACUUGAUUGUCUCUUUGUUUCUGUUUAUUCGAAAAAAUUUCGAGGAUACUGAUGCAAGUUUUUUUUGUAAUCAUAUUCUCAUCAUAAGAUGAUCAAGUUCAUACAGUCUACCCAGUUUAUCAACAAAGAUCUACAUAUGUACCAUGCUGAAAGUAACACUGCUGCGUUGUCUCGAACAUCCAAUCUGAAUGAAGAACUUGGACAGGUAUUUUAGGAACGCUUUUUGUAUGUCAGAAUUUAGUCCUGUUUCGUUAAGCUACUGUCGAGGUGUCAAGAAACCAGGCUGCUUCUGUCAUAAGAUCUUAUUGAACCAUGUUAAAGAUAUCCUAUUGAAGAUCUCUAAGACUCGGAUUUUAUCUUAGAUUGGAGCGGUGGGAAGAUAUCUAAUACUCAUAUUCUAUAUUUUUAUGAGUACUUAUCGUUAUCACUUCUUUCUGCUGCCUGACUUUUUGUCGAAUUAGUACCUUGUUAGUUAUCACAUCCUUUUUGUGCAUUUCUUUCUCCUAUAUCUUAGUUCCGAAUCUUGUUAGAAAAUGGUUUCGAUGUCAUAGUUCCUCGGUAUAUAUAACAGUGGCUACUAAGAAGACACAAGAUGCGAAGUGGUUACUAUCAGGAGUUGUUGAAGAGGGAGGGUGACCGUGGAUGAGCAGAGGAGCGAGCGUGGAAACUAGGGAAGCUGGGGGGGGAGGGGAGUUACUGCAGAGGGACGGAGGCUGACGUUUGGGGACUAGACAUCCAGGGAAAGAGCUUGAGGGUUGUGCCUGAGAUGACACGAAGGAGGGGGCUGGGUUAACCAAGAGAAUAUGAUACUAGGGGCCUAAGAGGUUUGCCAGAGUUGGGAGGGAUUUCUAGCCGGAGGAAGAGAAGAUCCAAUUCUAGAGUGAGGUAGGCGGUUCUCUGUAAGAAAAGGGAUGGAAAGCGAUAAAUUCCAUUUCAGAUGGAUGGGGAAUGGCGAAAAAGGGAGUGUUUAUCUGAGAGAAGAGAGAGAGCAAGAGGCAUACUUAUCGAUGAUAAAAGUUUAUUUCAUAUAAAUCGAAUUCAUGACUGAGUUGACCUGAAAACCCUUUUAGCUUGCUUAAGUGGUAUGUGCUAUCUCAAAGUAGUUGACCAAGAAAUGCAUGCUCUUUAAUGAAAUUAUUUCAAACGACUGGGAGAAGACUUUGGAGAAUGUACGUCGGAAUUCUUAGGUUUCAGGUGCUGCUCUGUGUAUUUGCAUUGAACAACAUGUUUUCCUCUUUUAAAGCACAACUGAAGUUUACUCGGAUUAGAUGAUAUGAUAUAAUCAGUGUGAAUUGUCUUAUGCGACAAGAGUUGCAACUUCAUGUCAAUUGACAUGAUUUGCUACUAUGACAAGCCCUGGUUGCUUGGGGGAGUGAGUACCUUGGGAGAUGCUUUGCUCUUUGGAGUAUCUUAAGCCAAUUACAAAUCUUUGCCCAGAGACUCUGGUUUCUCGGGUUCAUGUACAUGCUUAGACAUAAAAUCUCUUUGAAUCUCUUGAACAUGGUGUUUCACACCUGCUUUCUUAUAACAUGUUCAGAAGAUGGAUGCGGAAGUGACAAGUAUGCCAUUUAUUGAUAUGCAUUUUCGAUGCUUUGUGAGCCCGAAACAAUUGUGAGCACAUAACAUGAUAGGGGGCCUCCAGCCUUUGAUGAGGAUUCUCUAUUGAGCUUUCCUGAGUAGAGUCGGAGAUGAGAAUAAUGAUCUUGAAAUAUAAUAAGUACGAUUAUUUUCAUUGUUUUCUAUCCUGAAAGAUUGUUCACUUAUAUUCUUCUAUUUGUGCAGGUUGAGUACAUUUUUUCUGAUAAAACUGGUACAUUAACAAGAAAUUUGAUGGAGUUCUUCAAGUGUUCAAUUGGCGGAGUCACAUAUGGCAAUGGAAUUACAGAAAUAGAGAAAGGCAGAGCUCAGAGGAAUGGUUUAAAAAUUAAUGGGGUGUGUCUCCAUUCAAUUGCCCAUUGGGAAGGAAUUUGGUGUCGAAAAUAACCAUCUUUUUCACAUUCCUCCAGGAUCCUAGCUCUACUGGUCCCGUGCAUGAAAAAGGAUUUAAUUUUGACGACCCCAGGCUUAUGCGUGGUGCUUGGCGAAAUGAGAACAAUCCUGAUAUUUGUAAGGUAGGUAAAACUAAUGCAUUGAUGGAUCUUUCAUCUCUUUAUUUUGUAUUCAUUUCGUUACUUCCUUAUAUUGGCAGAUGGUGGAAAUCUGUCAGGACUGGUAAGGUCCAGCUUUGGGAUUUUUAUUGCUGAAAAUUCAUAGUUACUCUAGAUUAAGUUGUUGCACACAGUUCUAACAUGGUGACAUGCUUCUCAAAUAUUUUCAAUUAAGCUUCUUUCUAAUUGUUGAUGACUUCUCCGAUCGUGAGCAUUGAAAAAAUUAAAUGGUGGUUUGUUCUUAUAAGACUUGAUGGUUUUCUAGUGGAAAACAAUAGAGGAUUUUAUUCGAAUGCUCAUAUUUUUGAAAACAUAACAGUAUGGUGGUAUGCCUUUCGUAAUGCUUUUAUUGACUUAUAUUGAAUAGUCAAGCAUAGGAGGGGCCUUGGUGGCAGAUCUCAAUCAUCCUUUUAAUGCUCGCUGGUGAUUCCCAGUAGUCAGAAAUGAUUUCUUGCCUAUGUAGAAUAAUUCAGAAUAGGUGGUUGACUCUGGAAGGUGGUUAAUGGUUAAACAUGAUGGACGAACGUGAAUUACUUGCAUGGUACCAGGAAUGGGGACGCAAAUGGUCACCCAAUGUGUAAGAGAGUUCCUUAUCGUUAUUUCUUUCAAUGAGUGUACCCACUACUUUAUCAUAAGAUUCUACUCCGAAGAAAAGGCAUACGAAGGGAAACUUCAAUUUGUAUAGAUUUGCUAAUAAGAAAUCAUUUUUAACGUAGUUCCAUUAAUGUAGAUUUGACAGAUGUAGACGUUGAACGAAAGUGAAUGCUUGGGGUCUAUAUAUUGAAACAUCUUACAGCUAAAUAUUGGAUAAUCCCAAACAUAUGAACUUUUUCUUUAAAUUUCUCAUCUGUAGAGGUUGUUGAUUAAACCUCUAUAAGUUUCGUUUGUUUCUUUGCCUAUGUCAUAUCCGCCAGAACUUUUUUAUUUUACGCCAUACUUAAUUUGCGGCUAUUUGCUCUCUAGGAAUUCUUCAGAUGCCUCGCAAUAUGUCAUACCGUGCUUCCUGAAGGAGAUGAAAGCCCAGAAAAGAUAACCUACCAAGCUGCUUCUCCAGAUGAGGCUGCCUUGGUCACUGCUGCAAAAAACUUUGGAUUUUUUUUCUAUAGGUAUAAUGCAUGUUCUUAUUUUUCCUUUAGGGAAUUAUAUUUCUAUCAUGCUAUGUAGUUCUUAUCUUACAAAUUGAGCAUGGAUUUUUUAGUUUGAUUGCCCUGCUUGUUAUUCAUUAUGUAUUCUGCUUCCUUUUCUUGCCUCUUUUGUUAGCAUAGAAAACAUGCCAUUGUGCAAUGUGAUUUGCUUAGCAACUGGCUGGUUCACCUCAGGCAAAAAUUGAGGUGGACAAUGCCAGAUCUCAUUUUGUUCAUACGCAAAAUCGAUUUGAGAAAUUCCACAGUGAUAGAUGUACAAACAUAUGAUGUUGUGGGAACAUGAAGAAGGGACAAGUAUUAAGAUUUAUUUUGCCUUUUGUGUGACAAGCUUUCCAGACACACUAUCUAUCUCAAUGGCUAUGUGCACCUGUUCUCAGCCCAAUGAGGUUCAUUUAAAAGAUACUGUCAUUACAAUUUUGAGAAGAGAUUAGGCCUUUGACUUACAAUUUAGAACCAGAAUGGUUAUGCUCAUCAUUUAUAUUGUAAUUAAGGGAAUGACGGGGUUAUGUUUUUAAACGGGGCAGUCACGAAACCUACCUUGAAAUAUCCCACUUCUACUUGGACUAAGAGUAAGGCAGGAUUGUCUAUCCCUCACCUGCUAUGUGAAGCACGUAAGAUGAACCAUAUUUCUCCACUGCAAGAAACUGCUUCCCUCUCCCCUUUCAUUUGACCUAAUGUAUACGUUUCUGGUAUGGGAAAAAUUGCGAAUGUUACUGGUCAAAUCUCCGAAGUAUUAUUCAUUUUUCUAAUUCAACUCACUGCUUCACCCUGGGAUGCAGACCCUGGUUCAUCAUGUGGCUUCUGUCUGACUGCCGUGUUACUCUCGUCGAACUCUGUCAUUUUCUUUUUAAUGGCUUAGCUUUCCCCGAAUUACUGCACCACUCACAAAUGGAUGUGGUUGACUAUGCUUUCGAAAGGUUCAAAUAUCUGUUUCAAGCUGAUGGCCUGGAAAAACUAGAUAAGGGAAGCUCUAUUUUUAAAAGAUUAAAGCACUCCCCAAAAGUCAUUCGGCCAGCUAUGAGUUCCUGAUUUUUUUUCGAAACUUGAGCUUCUCUUGGGAACAUACGACUAGAUGGUUCGUCAUAUUCAGCAGCUUCUCCAUAUUUUAGUCUUUUGUUGUGUGGAGCUCCACAGGAGGUCAUAAAGGAUGUUCCAUUAGGCUUCAGUGGAUUUCCAUUUGUCUUACUGCAGCAGUAUUUGAAAUUAAAAUGUCAAGUUUCGAAAUGGAGAUGCAUAGUUAAGCUAGAGAGAGAAGUUGCCAUUCAUGCCUUAUUGGUCAAUUGUAAGAAACACGUUUCACAGGUACCCAUUAUUCCUUCUAUGGAGUUUGGAUUUCAGAUGUGCUAUUCAAUUUUUAAAACUCAACUUUAUUUAAUAAUCAAUAUUGCAUGAUUUUUCGUCAAUCAUUGUCUUCAAAUAUAGAUGUAUUUCUUCAUUUGUUGAUAAUUUUUUAUUCCUCUCUUCAGGCGCACACCAACUCUGAUAAAAGUUAGGGAAUCACAUGUUGAAAGGAUGGGUAAAAUAGAUGACAUCUCGUACGAGAUUCUGAAUGUUUUAGAGUUUAAUAGGUAAAACUAUAUUUUUUACUCAUUAUAUUAUUUUUUUCGUUGUGCCUGAUUAAGAACAGUUGAUGCUUAUUUCUAUAUUUCAUGUAGCACAAGGAAGCGCCAGUCUGUAGUUUGUCGUUAUCCAAAUGGAAGGCUUGUUCUGUAUUGUAAGGUGAAAAUUUGAUAAUCACUGCUGUCAUUUCUUUUCGCUCUCUGCACGAUACUGAAGGAAACUUUGAUUCUCAGGGUGCCGAUACUGUUAUAUAUGAACGAUUGGGGGAUUCCAAUACUGAUAUCAAAAAGGUGACACGGGAGCAUCUGGAACUAUUUGGUUCUUCUGGCUUACGUACUCUUUGCCUGGCCUACAGAGAACUGAGUCCUGAGCUGUAUGAAAACUGGAAUGAGAAAUUCAUUCAAGCCAAGUCUUCCUUGCGUGAUCGUGAAAAGAAGUUGGAUGAGGUAUGUCUUCUUAUGGGUAACAUAUGCAAACGAUUUUUGUCAUGUGCUCUCGGAAUCUUGCCAGUUUUUAAUGAAUGGGGCGUAGUUUUUUCUCACAUUUUCUAUUUCGUUUGAGGUUUAGCUAUGAGAAUAGGCGCUGAAACUAGCUUCACUAUGGGAUUGAGGGGAGGAUUGAUCAUUAUCAUCCUCUUAGGGAUAAAUUUGGACUUAUUUAACAACUUUUGUAAUCAGAGUUAGAAUAAAUUGGCUCUGCCUUUCCGGCUCUGUAGGAAGAGGGAAAUUAGAGGAAGAUCGUGACAGUUAGAGCCUAUGGUUUCUCGCACUAAUUCUGCUCUUUUUCUUUGAACCUCCCCAGCCUGUUCUUUUUAAUAUUUCAGUUGUACCUUUUUAAUGGUAACAACCUUCAUUCUGUCAAGGAACUAGCAAGUUUUCAUACAGAACAGGUUCCUUUUCUGUAAAAUUGGAUUACAAUCCUAUUGUGUUUAAUGUGCUUCUUAUGUUCUGAUGUCAUUGUCUAUCUUUGCUUGUUUGGGCUUGAAUUUCUUGUAAACAUUAUUUGACAUAUUGAUCAUUGUGCAAAAUAUUCGUUGAGUAUUUUGUUAUAUAUGCCCUGGAAUGAUAAUGGGAUUCAGGUAAAAUUCUACCACUGUUAUGGGUUCACUGGAAAGGGGCAUGACGUUUAACUUCUGAAAGUUCGAAACUACUAUCAUUCAAAUUUAUCAUCUUUGAAGGGUUUGGAAGAUUAACGUUUUUAUUGCGUCUGUCUUUGAACAAAUGUUUUUUGCACAAGGAAUCCCAUUUUCAUUUUUUGGUGUUUUUCUAACUUACGCAUGAUAGUCAAAGGAUUAGAGAAAUUGUUUCCAGUGACUUUGAACCCUGAAUAAUAUUCCUAAUUUACUCGUUAAAGGAAUCUAAUAUGGUAGCAAUGCUAAAAUCGUAACUAAUUGAAUUUUACGGCUAGUAUCAUCAUUGUUGCAGUACUAAUCUAGGUAGGCAUGGUCAGCGUGUGUUGAGCCCUAUUCUGGUCGUCGUCAGUCAAUUUUGUUUCUUAAUAAUAAUUCGUGAAAUUGUACCACAUUGGACGCGUCAGUCUAGUUGAAUCAUUUUGUUCCAAUUCAAGUGGCUGAUUCUGAGAACCAUGGGACUGUUGAAGCCUGUAGAUAAAGUUCAAAUGAGUUAUUUUCUGGAAACCAAGUAUAUUAAGUUAACAGCAGAGCAAGAAGAGUCAUCAUUCUAAAAAGAAAGAAGGUUGAAGAUUAUUUUCUCCUAGCCAUUUUAUGUGAUGCAUAUUUUUGUUGUAUAUCCUGUUUUCAACGUGAAUUCAUUCCUUUUCUCUGCUGCAGUGUUCAAUUGGCUUUUCCGUUGACUGUCAUUCUAGUUUUUCGUGCUAACCAGCAUCCAUCAUAUUUCUCCGUUUUUUAAUAAAUCAGAUAAUUUUGUGUCAGAACCUCUUCCCAGAAUGUAUGAUUAUAUUUCCCAGAAUGUAUCAUAUUAGUUUUUAAAAUGUCUAGGAGGCUUUCUUUUCUUCACUUCAAAUCUUCAUGCAGAUUGCGGAACUGAUUGAGAAGGACCUUAUACUCAUUGGGUGCACUGCUAUUGAGGAUAAGCUUCAAGAGGGUGUUCCUACUUGCAUAGAAACCCUCGCUAGAGCAGGAAUUAAGAUUUGGGUGUUAACUGGAGAUAAAUUGGAGACUGCAAUAAACAUUGCCUAUGGUAGAAUUCCAUCUACUGAUAAAUCUCUAUUUUCUUUCGUUAUUUAUAUCUCUAAUUAUUCUCACUAAUCUUUUAUGGUUUUUGUCUGGUUUUUCAUUUUACACAGCCUGCAACUUGAUCAAUAACCACAUGAAGCAAUUUAUAAUCAGCUCAGAGACAGAUGAAAUAAGAGAGGUUGAAGAUAGGGUGAGUGUACCUACUGAAUGGCUGAUAAUUCAUUCUCCCCACUGAGUCGUACAUUUUUCCUUAACUCUGUGUGUUUCCAUGUUUCUAGGGUGACCAGGUGGAAAUCGCCAGGUAUAUCAGGGAGUUUGUGAAGCAACAACUUAACAAGUGUCUUGAGGAGGCCGAAAACUUCAUGAAUACUGUACCAAUACCUAAAACAGCUCUUAUAAUUGACGGCAAGUGCCUGAUGUAUGCUUUAGACCCCAGUUUACGUGGCAAACUGUUAAAGUUGAGUCUAAACUGCGAUGCAGUUGUUUGCUGCCGAGUUUCUCCAUUACAAAAAGCACAGGUUUAAACUCCUACCAAUGUUUUUUCUUAUUUCCUCUCAAUGGGCUAGGGUAGCCUGUCAAUUGUGACAGUAUAUCUUGUUCUCGUAUUAGAUUCUGGCGUUGUUUUAAAAUAAUUCUUUGUUCUUUUUUCCUUUUUUUGAGUUGUUACGUUUCACUAAAUUAAAAUUUCCGACCUAAUUUUUAUGCUGUUUAUUGAAUGUUUCCAAAGCUAAAGACAUCUAUAAUUUGAAUAGCUGCGUAGUUUCAUUUGAUGUUUCCUUUUCAAGAUGCACCUUUUAUUACUGCUUUGGAGACGCUCACUCUUAUCCUCUUAAUUUCUUGUGUUGUAAAUGAUAGUUCCAUUGCUAAGUUUAUCAUAUUUUUCUUUUUUAAGGUGACAAGUUUAGUUAAGAAAGGUGCGAAGAAGAUAACUCUAAGUAUUGGUGAUGGUGCAAAUGAUGUUAGCAUGAUUCAGGCUGCACAUGUUGGUGUGGGCAUAAGUGGUCUUGAAGGAAUGCAAGCUGUUAUGGCCAGCGAUUUUGCAAUUGCUCAGUUUCGCUUUCUCACUGAUCUUCUUCUUGUCCAUGGCAGAUGGUCAUAUCUUAGAUUAUGCAAGGUUCGUUUUUUUCCAAAAAUCUUUCUCAGGCAUGUUGGUGUUGCUUUCUUCUACUUAUGUUUUUUUCUCUUUUCCAUAGGUUGUCACUUACUUCUUCUACAAGAAUCUCACGUUUACAUUAACCCAGUUCUGGUUCACUUUCCAAACUGGUUUCUCUGGUCAGAGAUUCUAUGAUGACUGGUUCCAGUCCUUGUAUAAUGUGAUUUUUACAGCUUUACCAGUGAUUUUUGUUGGACUAUUUGACAAGGUAUUGAGUUCAUGUCUUUGAUUCUUUUAGAAAAAAUGUUAUAUACUCAUAUCCCUUUCCAUAUCUGCGAACUUUAUGCCUUACAACUGCAUGCCUUUUUUUUUUUUUGCUGUAAUUUAAAUAAUCACCGGAAAAAAAUCAAUAAUUCUUAAUGAUGCAGGAUGUCAGUGCUUCACUUUCGAAGAAGUACCCAGAACUCUACAAAGAAGGAAUGAGGAACAUGUUUUUCAAAUGGAGAGUCGUGGCAGUGUGGGCUUUCUUCUCUGUCUACCAAUCAUUAAUAUUCUACUACUUCACAACCUCAGCCAGUCGCAGGGGUCACAAUCUGUCUGGAAAGAUAUUUGGGCUCUGGGAUAUCAGCACAAUGGCCUUCACUUGCGUUGUAGUGACCGUCAACCUGCGUCUUCUUCUGGCGUGCAAUUCAAUAACAAAGUGGCACUAUUUUAGUGUUGGAGGGAGCAUCCUGGCGUGGUUCUUGUUUAUCUUCUUGUACUCUGGGAUUAUGACUUCGUGGGAUAGACAAGUAUGACCCACCUUUUUAGACUGAUUUGCAUUCGAUUCGUUGUGUUUGGUUUGUUGGCUCACUCCAGAAGUUUCAUUUUUCAGGAGAAUAUUUUCUUUGUGAUUUAUGUGCUAAUGAGCACUUUCUACUUCUACCUCACUUUCCUGCUUGUCCCUGUUGUUGCUCUCCUCGGUGACUUUGCCUAUCUGGGGUGAGUGUUCUCUUUUUCUAACGAUGAAUUCUUUACCUUAAAGCACGAACUAAACGUAUGAUCCUGUUUUGUGUUAGAGAAUGGUAAUUACAAGCAGUCAUAGGUUUUAUUUUUUCCCCCAUUUAUUCAUCUGAUAUUGCUGUUUUUGGCAUUGCUUUCUCUGGUGCUUUUAUUUCAUAUUGCGGUACUUGUGAUGGUGGGUCUGUGCUUGUUCUAUCUAGUUUUCUCGCUUCUGAAAUAUAUUAUUUUCUCGCAUUUCUAUCAGUGCUUGAUCGUACUAAUUGCUAUGGCGGUGGAUGUUUGUGUGUGUUCUCCAGGUUGCAGAGAUGGUUCUCCCCCUACGACUACCAGAUCGUGCAGGAGAUGCACCGGCACGAGCCCGAGCCGACGACACGGCCGGAGCUGCUGGAGAUCGGCAACCUGCUGACGCCCGAUGAGGCCCGCAGCUACGCCAUCUCCCAGCUGCCCCGGGAGACCUCCAAGCACACCGGCUUUGCCUUUGACUCCCCCGGCUAUGAAUCCUUCUUCGCCCUCCAGCAGGGGGUCAUCGCCCCUCAGAAGGCCUGGGAUGUCGUCCGGCGGGCCAGCAUGAGGUCCCACGCCAAGACGAACAAACCCAAACCCUGA